CGACUUAUAUAUAUUUAUAGGUACUAUUAUUUUACAGAACAUUUUUGAACGUCUUACGUCACUAUACACUAUAAUAUGUAUAAAGCGCCUCUGCGACGGUCAGCACUCAGCAGUCUCGCAGGUCAGUCUCAGCAUAAACUAUACCUAUAUAACAUACAGCCGCCAGGGCAGCGCCCGUAAGGUAAGUAUCCCCAAUCCCAUCGCGCAGAGAGUCACUCGCGCGCGAGCUAUGGCGAGCGAGAAAGCCCGCUAAAAAAGUGAAAGAGAAAAGGAAGGAAGGGGCCGAUCUCUCAGUCAGUCUCUCUCUCUCUCUCUCUCACUUCUCAGUGCGCAGCGCUCGCGCAGAGGAGAGAAAGGGAGCGGCGCUAGAAAGCGAUAGAGAGAAAGAGAGACGAAAGGGACGCAAGCAAGCCAUAUUGCGAUAGUCCAUAGUGGAGACACAGAAUAGUGCAUGCAGUCGCGGCGGCGCGUCGGGCAAUAACGCGAGUAUAGCGAGCAGUACUUAUAGCCUCUUCUCAGCCCUCUCCUCUCCUCCUCCUCCUCCUCCACCUCCUACCGUAUCCGUGAUUCCGUGUUAUAUUACGCUGACGACGGCCGCGCACAUCAUCAGCCUCGGAGUAUACGCACUACGAUCGCAUAUUUACUACGGCGUACUAUACGCGAGCGCGUGAUACAACAUACGCGCUGCCACUGCUCGCGCUGCAGAUGCAUCGGUUAAUAGAGUGAAGUUCCGAGUGUGUUAUUUUGUCGCAUACAGCAAAAGGUCUGCGAAAGGUUUCGUUGCAUUAGCAUGAAGAGAAGGAAGCUGGACCUCCUCGGGGAAGAGGAAUAAUGCCCGAAGUGACGCGCCGUAUCUGGGACAGUUAGAGCUGCCAGCAGCAUCAGCAUGAACUUUCUGAACACGAUCGCGGUGGGCGCGAUAGCCGGCAGCGACGCGGCCCUUCAGCUCAAUAACGUCGAGGUCAUAUACUCCAAGGUGCAGCGGGUCUACGUGAAGCCCCAGCACAAGGAGGAGCGACAGAGGGAACUCAGGGUCAACGUAGAGAUUCACGCCGGUCUCAGUCCCGUCUGUCGCAAGGCCCUGUGUGUACUACUUGCGGAUGACGACGACCCAUGCUUUUUGUACUCACUCUUCAUCACCGACGAUGACUUCAAGGUGUUGAAAGCACAACAAGGCCUUCUUGUAGACUUUGACAAUUUCGCAACACAACUAAUAUGUUUGCUGGAGCAAUGCCAAGUUCCAGCCACGAGUUUGUCCAAGGCGCCAAAAUUCUUGCUACUUUUGGCCGAGGAAGCUGGAGACUGGAGCUUCAAGCUUGUAGAGACUAAUAAUUUUAAGCAUUUGUGCCACUUAAGUUUAAACAUUGCACCAUCCAAUGACUCAGAUCUAAAGACCCACAUGGCCAUGAAGAUAAAAAGCCUAAAGGAAAGUAUUGUACAAAAAGAUAGAGAUGCAGCCAGCCUAGAAUCAAGAUUAUCAGAAUUAACAAAAAAACUUGAAAUAAAGUGUAAGGAACUGGAGCAGUAUGAACAAAAAUGUAUUACCGAAAAGACCCAACUACAAAUGAGCCUUUCUCAGCAAGUUGCCUUAGAAAAAGACAGACUAACUCAAGCAAAGCUAGAGUGGCAAAAUCAGACUGAAAAGGAAAAAAGGGAGCUAGAGUACAGACAUAGCGAGGCAAUAAAGCAGUUACAUACUGAGAUAGCAGAGCUUAGAAUGCAAAAUGCAAGUUUCAAAGACAAGCAGUCGCUACUGGAAGCGACCAACAAAGAACAGUUAAAACAACUGCAAGCGUUGGAAAAAGAGCUGAAUAUGGUGCAGCGUGAUUAUUCUACGCUUAAAAAACAAAACAGCAAGUUUGAAACUGAUUAUCAUGACAAGGAAAAAUCGAUCAAUACACUGUCAACUAGAGUCGCAGUACUUGAGCAAGAAUUAAAAGACAAAACGAUACUAAUAAAUAAGCAUACUGAAAUGAUAAAAAAUGCAAAAGAAAGUAAGCAAAGACUAGAAGAACUACUUGCCGAAAAGGAGUCGCAACUGCAGCGAAAGCAGGCGUCUUUAAAAAAUCUCAGUGAUGAACUUGUAAAGGCUAAUGAGAUCUUAGGUAAAUUACAGAACGAAUUAGCUUCAACCAAGUCCAAGCUAAAACUGCGAACGAGCAUUGCCCUGGAACAGGAGCGACUUUUGGAUAAUAAACAAAAAGAAGUCGGCCAGUUGGAAAGCAAAAUGGAUAGAUAUGCCAAAGAAAGUCGAGAGGCUAAGGCGCAAGUCGACAGUCUCAAAGAGCAAAUAAAGACGCUACAGACUCAGCUAGAGGAGAAGGAAAAGACCAUCAAGAACAACGACAAUGUUAUAAGUUGGCUAAACAGAAGAUUGGCCGACGUGCAUUCACCACAACAAAGUGCCACUACGACGACAACCGCGGUGACCAUGCCCCAGUCGAUGCAAUUGACACUGCCUAGGACCAGCAAAUUUAAUGCCAACAGAUUCGAGACGCGCACUCCGGCCCCGAACAGUUCACAGCCCAUGUCGUUGUCCGGAUUGCCGCUGCGCAAUCCAAUUGUGCAGAAUCCCAACAUCAACCAGACGGCGAGGAGUACGGCUAGGUCAAUGGGAGUAGGGGUGUCCGACAAUUCUACCGGUAUCAACUUCAAGACCGGCCAGAUCUCAAGCACCAGUACACCUAUGGAACGAGUUAAUUCACAGAGUAAAAUAUCGAACAAUCACGGGAGCGCCAACUCGGUACCAGCGAUAAUCGAAAACAACAAUGUGCCAGCACCUGCAAUCAACGGUAUGAAACCGAAGAGCGCUAGCAGCUCGCUACAAGGUGGCUUAAGACGUGCAGUUAUGGACAAACCUCUGUUACCUUCGGCUUACUUUCCUAAAACUUUGCAUAAUCAAUGACAACAAAAGAAUAAGGUUCACCUUAAAAUUUAAUUAGACAGUUAUUUUAUCAAAUUGACAAUGGCACCAUCUUUGAUGUAAUCAACUUUUUAGACUAAAUGCGUUAAAAGUUAUAGUGAUAAACUCUGAAAAUAACUGACUUACUAGAUUAUUUUCAAAUAAUUUUAGGUGUUAUUAAGAGCAUUGUCGAUUUUUCGUGUAUUUAAAUAUCAGAUUAUGAUCCCCAUAUUUUUUGUCUCGUAAAUGUGUAUGUAUCUACUUUUGUUUGCAUAAACACAUUGUUUAUGAUAGUUGGAGGCUUUAUUUUUAUAUCAAUAUUUGCUUAAUUUAUCAAAGAAAUAUAUAUAUAGUAAACGAGGGAAAACACGGCCUCGUUGUUCCAAUAAAUCUCAGCGAGGAAAUAGAUUACGAUACAUAGAUUCCGCAAAUGCAAACUGCAGCUCUCUGCCAAUUUAACAGAAAAAGUCAUUGAAAUAGAUAUCUUGGUUGAUUAGUUAAGUAUUAGUCAAGAAGCAUAUUUUAUCUAUUUUUUUUCUAUUAUAUUUCCAACGAAUUACGUUCUGAGCUCGGAAUUGCGGUAUGCAUGCAUCAUACUCGAUAACUGAAAAUUUUUUGAACCAGAAAUAUUAUUUUCUUGUCGAGAUUUAUCAGAGCAACGAGAGCGAAGUUUUUCCCUGUUUUCUAAAUAUAUUAGUAGUACUAUAUCGAAUGUGGAGAGGGACCUUAAGUCUGUAAUUAUAACUUUGAUAAAUUAUCUUAUGCAAAUCUAAAAGAUUUGAAUCUCUGCAUGUAGUUAAAAAAAAACUGAUCUUUAAAGUAAUUGUAAAGUAACCUACACUUAUGAUGGUCCCCUUGUGAUUUUUACUCCCGUAGAGUGACUGAGCACUUGAAAAGAAAUAUAUCUUUAUUUGUUUUUUAGGUUUAGUAGAAUGAUAUAAAACUUUAUUUUCUGCUAGUUAAAUGUGUUGAAAUUUUAUAAUUUUAAGCUGUAAGUGAUUAAUAAUUUUAUUUGCAAUAAUUGAUCAAACUUUUAAAUAAAUUUUAAGGUGAAUCCGAAAAAUAAGUUUAUAGACAAUCAAAGUUCUAUACAAAAGUAACAAUUUAUGAGAUCAAUCGAUAAUGAUCAGAAACAACUAUAAAGUUUCUCAUUGAACAAAUGAUAAAGUACAAAUGAUAUUCAACAACUGAGUAAGAAAAUCUUAAAGUGGUUUACGAGGAAAAGUAUACUUUUAAGCCUUUUUGCCACUUUUGCCGUUAGUAUACAAUGAUAAGAAAAGAUAAUGCUGUAUAAAUUUUUUGUAGCUCUCACUUUAUUUUUUAUAUAUCCUUUGAAUUGAAUUUUGAACUAAGUAAAGUUAAGAAUGAGAUUAUUCAAAGCGAAAAUAAAGGAGAGGCAUUUAGGUAUUUCACUUAGCAUAAUUGUAGAUUUGAGAGAUUUCUUGUUUAUUUUACCGGUGAUAAACCAUAAAGAUAAGUGGAUUUAAGUACCUGGAUAAGAAAUUUUGUAAAAUUAUCAUAUUACAUUUUAUACGAACUAUUGAUUGGAUUGCGAAAUGAAAUGUAUUAAAUUAAUAUAAUCCUGAGUCAAAUACUCGACUCAGUUAUGCUCUCUAAGUAUACGUUUUACAGAGCAACAGUAUUAAUUGUAACAUUCAGUAUAAUAAGUAUAGAAAAAAACUUUGAAAAAAUCGACUUUAUUGUAGCAAGCAGCCGUGUCUAUUUUAUUACUUUUGUACAUAAAAUUAAAAUAAAUAUAAUUAUUAUUAUACAAA